CCCGAUACGCUUCCUCAUCACCGACUACGCCUAGUUCUCAUAAUUUUUAUCCUAUCUGUCAAAUCUGGCAGACAGCGAUUUUUUAUUGGAAAUCAAGAGACGUUUUGGAAAUGUCAAAACCUCCCCCUAAACCAGCUAAGCCAGGUCAGGUGAAAGUGUUCAGGGCUCUAUUCACCUUUGACCCAAGGACGCCAGAUGAGCUCUACUUUGAAGAAGGAGAUAUUUUAUACAUCUCAGACACUAGUGAUAGUAACUGGUGGAAAGGGACAUGCAGAGGACGGACUGGCCUUAUUCCUAGUAACUAUGUGGCUGAGCAAGCGGAGUCCAUCGACAACCCCAUGCAUGAGGCAGCAAAGAGAGGUAAUCUGAGCUGGCUGAGGGAGUGUCUGGACAAUAAGGUUGGCAUUAAUGGUCUGGACAAGGCAGGAAAUACAGCUCUGUACUGGGGUUGUCAUGGAGGCCACAGAGAUGUGGUAGAGAUGUUACUAAUGCAGCCGAAAUGUGAAAUCAAUCAGCAGAAUAAACUGGGAGACACACCUCUGCAUGCCGCUGCGUGGAAGGGCUAUUCAGACAUAGUGGAGAUGCUUCUCAACAGGAAUGCCAGAACAGACAUUCUAAACAAUGAGAAGAAAACAGCACUGGAGAUGGCCACUAAUGCCCAGUGUGCAUCUCUGCUGAAGAGAAAGCAGGGGGGUGUGAAAACACGCACACACAGUAAUGCAGAGGAGUAUUUGGAUGAUGAAGACUCUGACUGAAUGAUGAAGAGGAGGGGUUUAGAGCAUUCCGUAAAUAAUUACUAUCCAUACAUGUGAAUGAGCUUGUAUGUUCAACUGAUUGAAACUCAUGGAGGGUAACUGCCUGCUUUGUGUAAAGGUCUUAAAGCCUUAUAAAUAUAAUUACUGCACUGGUUGAGCGAAGAGACAGGGUUGUCUCUGCUUAUGAUGGACUUUCAGUGAAAUCUCAUUGGUGUCGCGUAGAUCAUAACCCUAGCCUUAACAUUACCAGCAUGCACCGCUGUGGGAGUAUCUGAGUCUCUUACUGCCCUGUAAUUUUCAACCAGAACCAAAUAUUCAUAUAGUAAAUUAAUUUCCCAUGAACUCUAGUUGCGUUACCUAGGUUAGGGUUGCCAAAAAAAGUUAGGUUGGGCGGUAACAGCUGGAGCUCCCCCUGGUGGCUCUGAGCGAGUAGGUGUAUGGGUGAUUUAUUUGUACUUCCUGAAAGGCUUCUGUGUUGCAUGUUUGGUUAGGGGGGAAGCAAAUAUGCAAUUAAAUCUGGUAAUAAUGUGUU